GGUUCUAACCUACAUACAAAUCCUCACUUGCGUGUGCAUUGGCCAACAAAUGCAAUCGCUAGCAACAAUGCCUCCUCACACGGCCACCUCCUUCCCAUUCCCAACCCAACAUAAUCCAACCAUACGUGAAAGUCUUCAACAGUAUCAAAACAUAUUCUUUACUUCACAAAGAUUCAGAAGAUCUUCUUCACUCUCCGUUAAACACCUUACACCAUCAUACUUUCCCUUCAAUCUGAUCUACGACAAUGACGACGAGAUUUCGAGUUGAGUAUGCACUUAAAACUCAUCGACGAGAUCAAUUCAUAGAAUGGAUCAAAGGUUUAUUAGCUGUACCGUUUGUUCUACAUUCACAGCCAACCGGUGUAUUCGAAUCUAGAAAUGGAACCAUUGGUGAGAUGGCUGAGAUUGCCCACCGCCGUUACGCCGAAAUCAUGCAAGAUGUUGAAGAUAUGAUUGAUGAUCACAUCGCCCAUCAAAAAGUUGGCUUAGGAGGUCAAUCCAAGUUAAAACUCCUGGUUCCCAGCAUUGGUACAUUUUUCACUCGACUACCACUGGCGGACGCUUUUAGAUAUCAGGAUAGAAAGCGCUUUAUUUCCUCGAGACGAUUUGUUCCACCUUCUUUCAACGAUAUCAGGCUUAUUUUGAACACUGCACAGCUCAUGGGUGUCACUUCUGCGGGAUCAGUGGAUUUGGCCACUUUUGAUGGUGAUGUUACUUUGUAUGAUGACGGUAAAAGUCUUGAGCCUACAAACCCUGUUAUUGAGCGAAUAAUUAAUCUUAUGAGCCACAAUACCAAGAUUGGAAUUGUAACUGCAGCUGGAUAUACCGAGGCUGAUAAGUAUUAUGGAAGACUUCAUGGACUGUUGGAAGCAAUUAAAGCUUCCAGCAUUCUUACACCAGAGCAAAAGCAGAAUCUUAUCGUAAUGGGUGGUGAAUCCAACUUCCUCUUCACCUAUGACGCCAGCUCCCCAUACCUUCUAACUCAUCACCCCCGUCGCUCUUGGAUUCUGCCCAGUAUGACCACUUGGACUCAGCCAAGUAUAACUGCUCUUCUCGACCUCGCUGAGUUCUCCCUUCGCGAGUGCGUUACCAAUCUUGAUCUACCUGCUACUAUUCUUCGAAAAGAGCGAGCUGUGGGUAUUGUUCCUCUGGAACCGGGCUAUAAAUUUGCACGGGAGUCACUCGAAGAAACUGUAUUAGUUGUACAAAAGAAACUCGAGAUGUCGGAAGUCGGUCGUUCUUUACCUUUUUGUGCUUUCAAUGGAGGAAAUGAUGUUUUUGUGGAUAUUGGCGAUAAGAGCUGGGGAGUGCUGGUCUGUCAGAAAUUCUUUGGUGGAAAUGUCGAGGACGAAAGUCAAUGGAUAAAAAAGGACAAGACAUUACAUGUUGGAGACCAGUUUUUGAGUGCCGGUAGCAAUGAUUUCAAAGCGAGAGUUGUGGGUACUACGGCUUGGAUUGCAAGUCCAAGGGAGACGGUAGAAUUGCUUGACGAACUAGUAGGACUCAUUCAGAAGAGUUAGAUCAGUGCAUUUGAGAAUUUCUGAUUGAAUAAUAUGAGACUUAUGAAGUUUUGUUUGGAUGGGCAGUAGCAUUUUUGUCGUGAGAGCCGGACUCUGCGUAGUAAUUAGUUCAAUUUUUCUGGAAAUUAAUAAGUGUUAUCA